CACCCAAUCUCUCGUGACUCGGGAAUGAUUACAAUAAUCGGUGUUUGGUUUCUUCGUGACCUCUGGCCGCACAGGAAAGCACACACUUCCUCCCAGUGACGUCAUGAGCUACUGCAGUUAGUUCUCCCCAGGCGAACACAGUUUACUUAGUACUCUAGUCCCCGGGAUUUGCACACUAGCCGUCCACCACAAAUAGGUCCAGCUGGAACGCCCAAAGAAAGGUCACUGGUCAAUUUGCAGAAAAGAUGGCGCAACAUUUCCUACUAGUGCUCCUUCUACCGCUGAUCGUCAGUAAUACCGCCCACGGGACUACCACAGAGGCUCCCACCCCUAGCCCUGCACCGAUGCAUACGGGACACACCAUGCAGCACACCAUGGACCACACCGGAACACACCAGCCCGGAAUGCACCACACCGGAACACACCAGCCCGGAAUGCACCACACCGGAACGCACCAGCCCGGAAUGCACCACACCGGUAUGGACCACACCGGAACACACCAGCCCGGAAUGCACCACACCGGUAUGGACCACACCGGAACCCACCACGGCAUGGGCACGCAUCACCCCGGAAUGCACCACACCGGAACACACCAUCCCGGAAUGCACCACACCGGAACACACCAUCACAUGGGAACACACCACCCCGGCAUGGACCACACCGGCGCGCAUGGGGACCAUUCCAGCACGGGCCAUGGCUCGGGUCAUAACACGUAUUUCUACUUCGGUCACCACGAGGUUGUUGUGUUGUUCCUGGAGUGGACGAUCAACACCGUUCCAGCUCUGAUUGGCUCCUGUAUCGGGGUGUUCGCCAUCGCCAUGCUGUACGAGGGACUGAAGGUUUGGCGGGAAAUGCUGAUCGUCCGUGCGGCUGACAGCAGUAAGGCAGCCCGCUCCAACUCCUACAGCCUGAACAACAUCACAAACGGCAAAAGCACCAGCAAGCUGGACGUCGACAUCGUGCCAAGGGCAGCAGAACCUAGCACAAGGCACCGGAUCUGUAACUGCAUGCACGCGCUGCAGUCCCUCCUGCACAUCGUCCAGGUCCUGAUCAGCUACGGGCUGAUGCUGGUCUUCAUGACGUUUAACGUCUGGCUGUGUCUGUCCGUGGCGCUCGGGGCAGGGGCCGGAUACUUCGCCUUCGGCUGGCGCAGGCCCAUCACCGUGGACAGGAACGAACACUGUCACUGAGUAUUCAUGACAAUACCACUGACAUCUGGAUGUUUUAGCUCAAAUGAGAUACAUGUACUAAGUAAACAGAUUCUUUUCUAAAAGUUACAUAAAAUCUUACAAAAAUUACGGUGCUUCAUACUGAAGUCAUUGGCAUUGAAUAUCGGUAGGACUUAAUACUGUAUCCUCCAAUGUUGCAAAUUCACCGUGGACAGGAACGAACACUGUCAUUAAACAAAGCAAUCUGACACAUCCUCAAUGAACAGUAAACAAUGGGAAGACAUAUUAUCUUGUAAUAAUAAAAAAUGCUCUUUUUUGUAAUUCUUGUGCUAUUUCUGUUGUUCGAUUUGGGACAGUUUGGGUGCUUUAGGCUGUGGGCUGUAUGAUGUUGCAAUGAACUGUUGACCAGUUUUGAUUUAAGUAAGCCAGAGGUAUUUUUAAUUCCAUUAAUGAGUUAAUCUUUAGCAAUGUAUAUUAGCAUGUUGAUGUCUUACCUUGAUCUACCAGAAAGCAGACAAGUUAGUCGGAAUGUCUGUAAUUUGUUCUAUAUAUACAUGGCCCUCUUUGAAAUCACCAUAAUAAGUUGGAGGGGCUUUCCACUUGUGUUAUAUGAAAUGAAUCAAUGAAUAAAUUCUUAUUGAGAGGAAGCACUAAGACAUUAUCGCUGAUACUAUGAAAACUAACGUCAGACAAUAUACAGAGAGCACCAUACAUAUAUACGAGUGUCUUACUGACACUUCCCCUUGAAAAUGAUGUCCCUAAAACAUUGAGAGGUAACAAACACGACCAUACAUAAUUGCAUGCAAAUUUUAUUAGCCAACCAUCCGUAAAUUUGCUUCCGUGCGCCAGUGAACUGGUUGAAUUGGUACUAGUGGUAGAUCGUGUCGACAUUUGUCGAUGGCGCUAAUCAGUAGCCAUUAGUACUAAUGCGUAACAGGUGGGUAUCGAAUUCACUGCUUUUCUCCAACAGAUUUAUCGUUAAGUCUUUCAAUUAAGACGACGAUGACGUUUGGACAAGGUAAGAUUAUUUUCAUUUGGAUAAAUGGGUGAGAAAACCUGAUGUAUCACGGCUCAGGGAAAGAUUGUCGGGCUCAGUCGGUGUAUGCAAGGACGUCCUUGGUGUAUGGCAGCAAUUGCAAGGUGCGCCCAUUUCCGCCUUUGGCUAGCAUAUGUACCAGCACCUGUAUUACUGUGAUAGCUGUAUUUGCACUGGCAGAGGAAAGAUAUUACCGGGGUCUUCACUGUAUAGUUUAUAGCAUGUUAACGACGGGGAAAAAGAAAGGUCAGAUAAGGACAAAACAGCCGGGGGGAGGGUGGUAAGAAUGGAUUACUUAGUAUUCGUCACCAUUUCCUGUUGGAGAAUAACUUGCCAAUUUCGUACUUACUACCUCUAGCUCCUUUUCUUUUUCUAAAUGUCUGUAGGAGAAUGUCUUUUAUACAAACUCUGCGAUUCUAUUCCCAUCAUGUUCCAUAGUUUGUGCUAUUUAUACCACACCUUUAAUUUCACUACGUUCUGUAACUGUCACCACCCCGGGACGCCCUCAGGGCAAAAGCCCGACACAACAAUGUCAAAGCCCGACACACAACAUGUACAAU